AUGAUGGAAACGGUGGGCUCCCCGCUGGGGGCCCAAGAUCCUAUGGCUAAUGGCGUCUCGUCUCCUCCGUCUCCCCUGGCCAGCAUCGACCCGAGCAAGCUGGUAGAGCACUUGGCUGCUGUCGUGACCAUAGCUCUAGGAGCUACCCGAGAGGAUCUGGAACGUGACGGCAACCUUUUGUCCCCAGGAAACCGUACCGACACUCUGCAGCGAUGCGCACGUUUUGCGAGCGACUCCCAGGUGGCUUUGUACAUACAGAAAGAGAUCGUUCCCGUAUCGGAAGAGGCAGAAGAUCCAGAAGAUAAUGCCAUGUCCGCACAUUUCUACACAAUCACGUCCGAGAUUUCGCCAUCACCGACCAUAGCAGCCUACCUGGCAUUCCUCAAACGCCCGCAAGCAAUCGACCCUUCCCUACCGUUGACUUCACAAAUUCAGAUUCAGACACUGCCUGGCGCUGCUUCUCUUAGUAAUGUUGUUGCUGAACAAGGACCUUCCGCUUCGCCCUUCGAGAUUCUUCAUACCAUUGUUCAUAAUGCUCUGGCUCCUUAUUUCGAUGCCAGCACCAGGUCUUCCCAAGCAGCAACAGGCGCUAGAAGGGCAGAUAUCGACGGCAAGACUGGCAUACCCGUGACGAAAAAACGCUUGACGGAGCUCGAGCUCAGUCUACUGCAUCUCCAGCAGAAUGUUGAGAUCCCAGAGCUUAUGCUGCCCUUCCACUCGCAUGUCCAAGCAGCAUUGGACGCCGCCACUGCUCAGGGCAUCCGACCCUCUCUCGAGUUGAUCCCUACCGCAUUGCUUUCCGACAGUGGUUUCAUGAACAGUCUCCAAGCAACUGUGAAUAGUUGGAUUAAGUCGAUUCAGGGCAUCACCAAGAUGACAAGAGACCCGGUCAUGAGGACUGCGACCCAAGAAAUCAACUUUUGGCUGUCCAUGGAAUCGGCUUUGGAGAGCAUUGAGCAGCAGCUGCGUAGCGAAGGCGUCAUGCUCACACUGGAGAUCUUGAAGCAUGCCAAGCGAUUCCAGGCCACUGUCAGUUUCUCGUCGGAUACUGGCUUGAAAGAAGCCAUGGAUACUGUGCAAAAGUACAACCAGCUCAUGCGAGACUUUCCUCUCGAUGACCUUCUUUCUGCUACAUCACUGCCCAAGGUGAACGAUGCAAUCAUUCAAAUCUUUGGUCACAUGAACAGGAAAAUGCGAUUCAGCAACUACCCCAUCAAGCGGACCUUGGAUCUUGUUGAAGCUAUUUCGGCCGAGCUCAAGGAGGUCAUGCAUCGUCUGUUGCCCGGUACGGAUUUGGUCAACCUCGACUAUGAUGAAUUUAAGGCUCUUAUGAAGACUGCCGACGAAAUUUUCCAUGGUUGGGACAUGCAGAUCAAGGAGUUUACAAACAUUGCCCGAGAAACCACGCGAAGACGGCAAGAGAAGUUUAUUCCCAUCAAGAUUAACCCGAAGCAUAGUGAUUUGCAAGCGCGGCUCAAGUACAUCGCUACAUUCCGCGACAACCACGAACAAUUGCAACGGACUAUUGUAAUCGUUCUUGGUCCCAAAGCGACUGUGAAUGGAGCUGGCGCAGGCGCAGAACCCACCACCAAUGGUACUGUCCUAAGUGAAGAACUGGGUGACGUGGACGCUGUGCAAGAAGUACGACAGGCUUGGGAAUCCCUGAAAAACGUAGACUUGCUUGACGUUUCCGACGAAGGCACCCAGCGUUGGGCGCGUGCCGAGAACAACUAUAAUGAGCGCACAACUCGCGUAGAGAACUCGAUCAUUGCUAGACUACGCGACCGUCUCGCAACUGCCAAGAACGCCAAUGAGAUGUUCCGAGUUUUCUCUCAAUUCAAUGCGCUUUUCGUCCGACCCAAGAUUCGAGGAGCCAUUGCUGAGUACCAAAAUCAGCUCAUUGACAACGUAAAGCAGGCCAUCUCUGCUCUCCACGAGCGAUUCAAGCAGCAGUAUGGUCACUCGGAGGCUCAUGCUAUGGCGCAACUUCAUGAUCUCCCCCCAGUCUCGGGCGCCAUUAUCUGGGCUAGACAGAUCGAGCGUCAGCUGGACGGUUACAUGGGCAAGGUGGAAGAUAUCCUUGGUUCAGAUUGGAUCCAUCACACGGAAGGUCAGAAGCUGCAGACAGAGAGCGAUCUGUUCAGAAAGAAGCUGGAUACCCAAGCCAUUUACAAAGCAUGGAUUGAUGAUGUUCUUCGCAAGAAUAUCACAAUCUCUGGCCGGCUAUUCAACAUCAACAAGAUCAGGUCCGCCAACAAUGCUCUAGACCUCUCUGUCAAUUUCGAUGCACAGAUCAUCACGCUCUUCAAAGAGACCAGAAACCUGGGCUGGCAAAACUUCAAUGUGCCUCACUCUGUGAAUAACACCGCGAAAGAUGCCAAGCGAGUUUAUCCCUAUGCCGUCAGUCUGAUGGAGAGUGUGCGGACAUUUGCCCAAACAUCGCGCCAGAUCUCAGAAAUGUCCGAAGUUUCGAUCCUUUUGGGAGGCUAUCAACAAGAAGUCUAUAGCCUUAUUGAAAAGGGUGUGCCUCUGAAAUGGGGUUCAUUCCUUGACGCAUGGGAUGUCCACAUGAGGCAACAUCUCCCGAAUGGUACUUUGGAACAUGCCUUGGGCCGGAACAACGCUGGCACCAAGCACGUCCAAUUCGUACGCGAUUUUGCCGCCGCCGCUUCUGUAUUACAAUCCAAAACAAUCGCGCUGGCAUCCAUUUACGCAACUGUGCAGACGGCCUCGAGAGAACUAGCAACUUGCCCCUAUGAGGCAGCAGAGUUUGAAAAACGGUUGCAGAUCAUCCAAGCCGCCGUUGACCAGCUGAAUUUGGAGCAGUAUGUCAACCUAGGAUAUUGGGUCGAGCGCCUGAAUGAAGGUAUCAAGGCAACCUUGCUAGUGCGGCUUCAGGAAGCCAUUGGCCAUUGGAUUGCUGCCUUUGAGGACGAGAGCCCCAACGAUGAGUCUUCACGCCGCAAGGCGUUGACCCCUGCCGGUGAUUCUAUCAAGUCGAAUAUGCCAGUGAUGAAGGAAACUGUGCAUGAGAUCACUAUGAGGAACCAGGUCAUUUAUCUCGACCCGCCGCUGGAGUUUGCCCGAGCAAGUUGGUUCUUGCAAUUGCAUGAGUGGCUUGGUGUGGUCUGUAACCUGCCCAAGAUCAAGGCCUCAAGAUACCAGAUGACUCUGUCACUGAGCACCGCUGCCCCAGAAGAAGUUCGUUUCACUGAUCUUCCUGGCUCAUGCGCAGAAAUCCUGUCACACGUUUACCUGUCAAUUGAGACCAAGCUGGCAAACAUUGCCGCUUAUGUGGAUAAGUGGCUGCAAUUCCAGUCCCUGUGGGACCUUCAAUCGGACCACGUCUACGACUUGUUGGGAGAACAACUUUCCAAGUGGCUGCAACUGCUUCAGGAGAUUCGGAAGUCUCGCGCAACAUUUGACACCACCGAGGUCAGCAGAUCUUUUGGGCGUACCACGAUCGACUACGAACAAGUUCAGACCAAGGUGAAUGCAAAGUAUGAUCAAUGGCAACACGAUAUCCUUGGAAAGUUUGGUAGCAGACUUGGUGGUCGCAUGAGGGAAGUUCACGCUGAAAUCGAAAAAGCUCGAAGGGAUCUCGAGAGCCAAGGCCUAGAUGCAUCCUCCACUGCCCAGGCUGUGCAAUUCAUCACAAUAGUUCAAUCAUGCAAGCGCAACGUGAAGAUCUGGGCACCUGAGGUGGAUGUCUUCCGCCAAGGCCAGCAGAUGCUCCAUCGCAAUCGCUAUCAAUUGCCCAAUGAUUGGCUGGACAUUGCCCAGAUCGAAAACAUGUGGGAUGCUCUGAACGACCUGCUUGCAAGGAAAUCCAAGAUCGUCGAGGAUCAGACUGAUGCUCUCAAGGCCAAGAUUCUUGCAGAGGACAAGAUUGUGACGGACAAGAUUGCCGAGAUUGACAUACAAUGGAACGAGGAGAAGCCGGUAUCUGGUACCAUUCCCCAUGAGGUUGCAUCCAAAACCUUGGGCUCGUUUGAGUCUCGUGCCAAUAAGCUGCAAGAAGAUUUUGCCAUGGUUUCCAAAGCUAAAGAAGCUCUCGAUCUUCCACCUAGCCCAGCAACUUCGCUUUCCGAUAUCCUUGGGGAGAUUGAAGAUUUCAAGUCAGUGUGGGCGAACCUUUCCACAGUUUGGAACAGUUUGAAUGAGCUCGGUGAGACGCCAUGGGCAAGUGUUCAGCCCCGGAAACUUCGGUCAUCCAUCAACGGGCUCAUCGAAACGACCAAGAAUCUGCCGAGCAGAAUGCGUCAAUAUGCUGCCUACGAGCAUAUGCAGACUGUGCUCAAACAGCACCUGAAAGCUGUUGCCAUCUUGACUGACUUGAAGUCAGAUGCGAUCAAGGAGCGCCACUGGGAAAAGCUGUGGAAGGACCUCAAGCCCGGCAGACGUUACUCGCCUUCCUCCACCACACUCAGCGAUGUGUGGCAGCUCAACCUUGUCGCGAGUGAAGUUAUCAUCCGAGAUGUCAUCACCCAAGCGCAAGGCGAAAUGGCUCUGGAAGAAUUCUUGAAGCAGGUCAAAGAUCAUUGGGAGAACUAUAACCUCGAUCUUACAAACUACCAGAACAAGUGCCGGCUUUUGCGAAAAGACUGCCACGAUGAUAUGAUGGCCAAGUCGAGCGAACACCUGAACUCUCUGCAAGCCAUGAAACACUCGCCAUACUACAAAACUUUUCAACAGGACGCCGAUAUUUGGGAGACCAGGAUGAACGAGAUUGGCGUGUUGCUCGAUGUUUUCCAGAAAGUGCAGCAGAAGUGGGUCUAUCUCGAGGGAGUCUUUACAGGCAGCGCAGAUAUCAAACACCUGCUGCCAAAUGAGACCAGAAAAUUCGAAAACCAGAGCAGCCAGUUCCACAGCAUUCUGAAAGCUGUCGCCAGGAAGCCCACGAUUCUCGAUGUUCUUCGUAUCGAAAACGUGGAACCUCGACUCCGACAGGUUGAGGAGGCUCUGAACUCAGUCUCUAGUGGUCUUGAAGCCUACCUGGAGAAGGAGAGAGCGUCAUUCCCUCGAUUCUAUUUUGUGGGCAAUGAUGAUCUUCUCGAGAUGAUCGGAAACAGCAAUGAGACUCUGCGCAUUACCAAACAUUUCAAGAAGAUGUUUGCUGGUAUCAACAAUCUCAUCAUGGACGAUGAGACCACUAUUUCUGGAUUUACCUCCAAAGAAGGCGAGGCUGUUCGUCUCAAGAAGAGUAUUUCCUUGGUCAAGGUUCCGAAAAUCAACGACUGGCUGGCGCUGCUUGAAAAUGGCAUGAAAUACACCCUUGCCGAGCUGCUCGCGGAAGCUAUUGAUUCCUUUACCCCGAUAUUCAAUGCCGACAAGAUUGACCCGGAUGCUCUCAACACAUACAUUGAAUCAUAUCCCAGUCAAAUGAUGGUUCUUGCCACGCAAGCCGUAUGGACGACAGCCGUCGAGGCAUCACUUGCCAAUGAUGGUCAAAACCUUCAAGCGAUCUACGAACGCGAGGUAGACCUCCUCCGUCUUCUCGCAGACACCGUCCUGGGCGAUUUGCCGAUCAUUCAAAGGAAGAAGUGCGAGGCACUAAUUACAAACUUUGUGCAUCAGCGUGAUAUCAUUAGCAAAUUGAUGAAAUUUGGCGCGGCAUCUCCAACGCACUACUUGUGGCUGCUCCAGAUGCGCUACGUCUACACACCUGAGGGUGACUAUCUGCAGCGUCUUCAGAUUAAGAUGGCCAAUGCGGCGCUCAAUUAUGGCUUCGAGUACCUUGGUAUACCUGACAGGCUUGUCCGCACGCCGCUGACGGACAGGUGCUUCUUGACCAUGACCCAAGCUCUCUGUCAAAGAUUGGGAGGAUCACCAUAUGGCCCCGCUGGUACCGGCAAGACUGAAUCUGUCAAGGCUCUGGGUGUUGAACUUGGUCGCUUCACACUAGUGUUUUGUUGUGAUGACACUUUCGACGAUGGUGCCAUGGGUCGUAUCUUCCUGGGUCUUUGUCAAGUUGGUGCAUGGGGUUGUUUCGACGAGUUCAAUCGUCUCGAAGAGAGGAUCCUAUCCGCUGUUUCGCAACAAAUUCAAGACAUUCAGCUUGGCUUGAAGCACGAAUCCAAGGUCAAGCUCAAGGAUGAUUCGGCGCCCAUCACUGUCGACACCAACAGUGGCAUCUUCAUCACCAUGAAUCCUGGUUAUGCUGGUCGUUCCAAUCUGCCAGACAACUUGAAGAAACUCUUCCGCAGCGUUGCCAUGUCAAAGCCCGACAAGGAACUCAUUGCUGAAGUUAUGCUCUACUCUCAGGGUUUUAAGCAAGCAAAGCAGCUCUCCAAGCAAGUUGUUCCAUUCUUUGAUCAGUGCAAAGACAAGCUUGAACAUGAAUCUCACUACGACUUUGGUCUACGUGCCCUCAAAAGUGUGCUUGUAAGCUCCGGUGGCCUGAAGCGAGCUCGUAUUACUGGCUCUGAAGGGGAUAUCGGGGCAGAAGAAGUCGUUGAGCCAGAAAUCAUCGUGCAAAGCAUUCGCGAGACUGUUGCUCCAAAACUUCUCCAAAAAGAUGUGGCCAUCAUGGAAUCAGUAGAGGCCAGCUGCUUCGAAGGAGUGCAAUACGUCCCAGGUGACCUCGGCAAGCUCGAGGAAGCAAUAAGAAGCUUGGCCAAAGCACGGAACCUGGUCGUUGGCGAAACAUGGAUGACAAAGAUUAUACAACUGUACCAGAUCCAGAAUAUUCACCACGGUGUCAUGAUGGUCGGAAACUCUGGAUCCGGAAAGUCUGUCGCCUGGAGGUUACUUCUCGACGCUCUCAAGGAGGCAGAGGGCGUACAAGGUGUCUGCCACGUUAUUGAUUCAAAGGUCAUGUCCAAGGAAGCCUUGUACGGAGUGCUUGACCCCACGACGCGCGAAUGGACUGAUGGUCUAUUCACCAGCAUUUUGCGAGCCAUCAUUGACAAUCUUCGUGGAGAAGACAGCAAGCGUCACUGGAUCGUUUUCGAUGGUGAUGUCGACCCGGAGUGGGUUGAAAACUUGAACUCUGUCCUCGAUGACAACAAGCUUUUGACGCUGCCCAACGGUGAACGUCUCAACCUUCCAUCCAACGUUCGUGUGAUGUUUGAAGUUGAGAAUCUCAAUCAUGCCACACCUGCCACUGUGAGUCGAUGCGGUAUGGUGUGGUUCAGCGAAGACGUCGUCAAUACAAACAUGAUGGUCGCUCACUAUCUCGAGAGCCUACGCAACAAUCUCUUCGAAAACUUGGACGAGGAUGUGUUGGUCGAUCUCAACAGCGCACAAGCUCUUUCCUUGCAAAAGCAAGCAGCUGAUUACCUGGAAGAAUGUCUCACAACGGACAGCUUUAUCCAUGCUGCUCUAAAAGAUGCACAAUCCUACAACCACAUUAUGUUGUUUACGCAAACUCGUGUUUUGGAGACACUUUUCUCGUUGUUGAAUAAGGCGAUUCGCAACCUUGUCGAGUACAACGCUCAACAUAGUGACUUCCCGCUGGAUGCCGAUCAGACCGAAGCCUACAUAUCAAAGAAGCUUCUGCUUGCAUUAGUCUGGGCAUUCACAGGUGAUUGUCCCUUGGUGGAUCGCAAGGCUUUCGGUGACAGCCUUUCAAACCUGGCAAGAUUUGGGCAGCCGCCUAUUGAUGGAACAAGCUCGCUCAUUGACUUUGACGUGUCUUUGCCCCGAGCUGAGUGGAUCCCCUGGCAGAACCAAGUACCAGCCAUUGAAGUCCACGUUGACAGCAUCGUGCAGACCGAUGUUGUUAUCCCUACCACUGACACCGUACGUCAUGAAGAUGUUCUAUACUCUUGGCUUGCAGAUCACAAGCCGCUUCUCCUCUGUGGACCUCCUGGUUCCGGUAAAACAAUGACGCUUUUCAGUGCUCUGCGUAAACUACCGAACAUGGAAGUUGCGGGUCUCAACUUCUCGAGUGCCACGACCCCUGAAUUGCUCAUCAAGACAUUCGACCAAUAUUGCGAGUACAAGAAAACGCUCAAUGGUGUUGUGCUAUCGCCCACUCAAACUGGCAGGUGGCUCGUGGUAUUCUGCGAUGAGAUCAACUUGCCUGCUCCGGACCAAUACGGAACUCAACGUGCCAUUUCCUUCCUUCGACAGCUGGUGGAACACAAUGGUUUUUGGAGAACAAAAGAUAAGGCUUGGGUAACGCUUGACAGGAUCCAGUUUGUUGGCGCUUGUAACCCCCCUACAGAUGCCGGCCGAACACCACUGACGCCCCGUUUCCUUCGACAUGCGCCCCUGAUUAUGGUCGACUACCCCGGCGAGAUGUCUCUCAACCAAAUCUACGGAACGUUCAACAGUGCCGUGCUCAAGACGCACAACGACAUUCGUGGCUAUGCCGACGACUUUACACAGGCCAUGGUCAGAUUCUAUCUGGAGUCUCAACAGAGAUUCACCGCAAAGGACCAGCCACACUACGUCUACAGUCCACGUGAACUGACAAGAUGGGUGCGUGGUGUGUAUGAGGCUUUGCGCGAGGUAGAGUCCAUGAAUCUGAACGGACUGGUCCGCAUCUGGGCCCAUGAAGCCUUGCGUCUUUUCCAUGAUCGACUGGUCACGGAACAGGAGAGACAAUGGACGAUUGAGGCUAUCAACAGAAUCGCUCUGAAAUACUUCCCGCAAAUCGACGAAGCCAAGGCACUUGGUGGGCCCAUCUUGUUCUCAAAUUGGCUCAACAGAAACUAUGUCCCUGUUGGAAGAGAAGAGUUGCGUACCUUUGUCAAGGAGCGUCUCAAGACUUUUUGCGAAGAAGAAGUCGACAUGCCAUUGGUUCUGUUCAACGAGGUGCUCGAGCACGCUUUGCGCAUCGACCGUGUGUUCCAGCAGCCUCAAGGCCAUCUCAUUCUCAUUGGUGUCAGUGGCAGCGGAAAGACUACACUGUCGCGUUUUGUUGCUUGGAUGAAUGGUCUGAAGGUCUUCCAAAUCAAGGUCCAUGGCAGAUACUCUGCCACCGACUUUGAUGACGACUUGCGAGAUGUCCUCCGCGCUUGUGGAACUAAAGAUCAGAAAAUGUGCUUUAUUAUGGACGAGUCCAACGUUUUGGAUUCCGGUUUCCUCGAGCGCAUGAAUACACUGCUAGCCAAUGCAGAGGUUCCUGGUCUCUUCGAAGGCGACGAAUACACUACUUUGAUGACGGCCUGCAGAGAAGGAGCACAAAGAGAGGGCCAAAUUCUUGAUUCCAAUGAUGAGCUGUACAAAUGGUUCACCGGAAAGAUUGUGAAGAACCUGCACGUGGUUUUCACGAUGAACCCGCCCGAGGAAGGCCUGUCCUCAAAGGCUGCUACCAGUCCUGCACUGUUCAACCGUUGCGUUCUUAACUGGAUGGGCGACUGGUCUGACGAGGCUUUCUUCCAAGUUGGCAAGGAGUUGACAUCCAAGAUUGACCUUGACCGACCUGACUUUGUUUCCGCUGACACGAUUCCGGUAGCUUAUCGGGGUUUGGAACUCCCAGCAUCUCACAGAGACACCGUUAUCAACUCCAUGGUCUACAUCCACCACUCGCUGCAUCAAUUCAAUCGCCGCCUGCGAACGCAGCAGAAUAAGACUACUUUCUUGACGCCUCGACACUUUUUGGAUUUUGUUGCGCAGUAUGUGAAUUUGUACAAUGAAAAACGCGACGAACUAGAAGACCAGCAACGCCAUCUUAACGUUGGUCUAACCAAACUCAACCAAACCGUGGACGACGUCAACGAUCUUGAAAAGAAAUUGAAGAUCUUCGAAAAGGAGCUCGAAGAGAAGAUUGCUGAAUCAAAGAUCAAGCUCUCGAAAAUGGUCGAAGCAAAGGCCUCAGUCAGCGCGAAACAAACGACGGCAUCAAAACUCCAGGAAACAUUGUCAGUCAGGACCGAGCGGAUCGAAGAGCGCAAGACGCAGGUCGACCAACAACUUGCCGACGCAGGUCCCGCUAUCGAGGCAGCAAGAAGUGCUGUGAGCUCAAUCAAGAAACAGCACAUGACCGAACUUGCUGUCUUCGGAUCUCCCCCACAAUACGUCAAGAAUACCAUCUACGCCGUCUUGGUCCUGCUAGGGCAGCCUGAAAAAGAAGGUGAUUGGAACCUAAGCAGAGCUGCGACGCGUAGCAGAGAUUUCCAAGAUCAGGUCGCAAACUACGAUGCAAGAACGAUGACGAAGGCAGUUCGGGCAAAGAUUCAGAAAACAUACCUGAACGAUGACAAUUUUACUGUGGAGGCAGUCUACAGAUCGAGCAAAGCCUGUGGUCCAUUGCUGCAAUGGCUGAAAGCACAGGUCAAGUACUCUGAGAUGCUUGAAGUGGUCCAACCCCUCAAUAGCGAAGUUGACGAACUUGAAGAGGAAUUGGUUGAAACCACGGCCGAACACGAAGCGAUCAAGGAACAGCUGGUUUCACUCGAGAAGAGAGAGAAGGGGCUUACUUCCGAGUUCCAAGUCCUCACCUCGGAUAUUUCGGACAAACAGAAGAAUCUGGACCAAGUGAAGUCUAAAUUGGACCGCAGCAAUAAGCUCAUCCGUGACCUCUCUUCUGAGAGAUACCGAUGGGAUGAGUCGAGCAAAUCUUUUGCGAUCCAGAUGGGCACUCUUGUUGGCGAUGUACUGCUGGCGGCUGCCUUCCUGGCAUACGGUGGCUUGUACGAUCAAGUAUUCCGAAAGUCUAUGAUGGACGACUGGCUCCAGCAGGUCGCAGCAUCUGGACUGCAGCUGAAACAAGCGAAUGCGAUUACCGAGUAUCUUUCGGUAGCUGACGAGCGAUUACACUGGCAAACGAAUGGCCUGCCGGUUGACAACCUCUGUACCGAGAACGCAAUCAUACUCAAGCGUUACAACCGUUACCCGUUGAUCGUGGAUCCGUCUGGUGGAAUCACAGAGUUCCUGCUCAAGGACUUCAAAGACCGUCGCCUGACCGUUACCAGCUUCCUCGAUGCCAACUUUGCAAAGCAACUCGAAAGUGCCAUUCGUUUUGGUAAUCCCAUCCUGAUUCAAGAUGCAGAGCACCUCGACCCGGUCUUGAACCCGGUCUUGAACAGGGAAUACCAAAGGACAGGCGGCCGUGUCCUGAUUCAGCUCGGCAAGCAGCAAAUUGACUUUUCGCCGUCUUUCAAGCUGUACCUCUCCACGCGAGAUCCAUCAGUAUCGUUCCCGCCCGAUAUUUGUAGUCGUACGACUUUUGUCAACUUUACUGUGACCCAAAGCAGUCUGCAAACCCAGUCCUUGGAUCAGGUGUUGAAAUCUGAACGCCCUGACGUGGAUGAGAAACGCUCCAAUUCCAUCAAAGCCCAGGGAGAGUACAAGAUCACACUCCGCAGGCUCGAGGACAAUCUCCUCCAGGCUUUGAACGAAUCUGAAGGAAAUCUGCUCGAGAACAAUGACGUCAUUAGCAAACUCGAGAGUCUCAAGAAGGAGGCGGCCGAUAUUGCUGAGAAGAUGAGCGAUGGCGAGAAUGCCAUGGCUGAACUGGAGACAACUACUCGCCAAUACAACGUUGUCGCACAGUCAUGUAGCUCGAUAUUUUCUGUGCUGGAUCAAUUGCACAAUAUUGACCGCUUCUAUCAAUUCUCGCUGCAGUACUUCCUCGACAUCUUCACCAAGGUGCUGCGCGAGAAUGACAGUUUAGCCAAGGAGCCCAAGGAGAAUGACGAGGCUCGUCGCAAGAUCAUCGUACGUGAUCUAUUUGUCAGUACAUUCAAGCAGACGGCAUCCAGUCUCUUCCAGAAACACCUAAUCAUUUUUGCCCUACUGCUCCUCCGAGCUGCGCCAAAGCAGUUCUACGCAAUGGACAAGGAUGUGCUUGACGUCGUUUUGAGUGAGCACACACAAGGCCGGGAUCUCUCAACCGAGACAGAUGCCAAGGCCGAGGCAAUCACAAAGGCAAAGGAGAUCAGUGUGCUUGCGAGCAAGCUCGACUCCAUACCAGAUACUGCCUGGGACAAGUUUUUGACAGAGGAGAAUGCUGAAGACCACAUUCCACAACCGUGGGAUGCCGACACUGGCCUGUACGAUCAAGGUCUAUUGUCCCUACUCCUUGUCAAGCUCUUCCGAGUGGAUCGUUUUGUGCCAGCGGCAGAGCGACUCGUCACUUCUGUUUUUGGUUCUGGCUUCUUUGAUGUUACCGAGGAUCUCAAACGCACAACCGAGCAGGUGAAGUUGGGUACUCCAAUCUCCCUGGUCUCAACCCGAGGAUUUGAUGCAAGCUACAAGGUCGACCAGCUGGUCCAGCGACUGGGCGUCUCUUGCACCAAUGUGGCAAUGGGCUCCAAGAAAUCUCAGGAUGUGGCAGACAAGGCUAUUGCCGAUGCUUCCAGUAAUGGACGCUGGGUAUUGAUCAAGAAUGUGCACCUGACUCCAGACUGGCUCCAGUCAUUGGAGAAGCGACUCGAAUCGAGAAAGCAACCGCAUCCCGACUUUAGGCUGUUCUUGUCAAUGGAGGCACAGCCCAAGAUACCGGUCAACUUCCUACGGGCCUCUCGUAUCUUGAUGAAUGAACAGUCCGCGGGUAUCAGGGCAAACAUGAAGGACACAAUGACCUCGUUCUCGAGCAGAGCCGUCAAGGACCCGCGUGAAAGAACCAGACUCUACUUCCUCUUGUCAUUCUUGCAUGCAGUGAUUCAAGAGCGCUUGCGAUACGCACCCUUGGGCUGGAAGCAAUUCUGGGAGUUCAACGAUUCUGAUUAUGAAUGCUCUGCAUUUAUCGUCGAUACUUGGCUCGAGCAUAUUGCCCAGAACCGUUCCAAUGUCGAUCCCAAGAAUAUCCCGUGGGACAUGAUCCGUAGCCUGGUUCGCAUCACUUACGGCGGCAAGAUUGAUGAUGAUGGCGAUUACCAGGUGCUAGACGGUCUGGUGAACAAGACUUUGCACGUGAAUGCCUUUGAACACGAGCACAAGCUCGUCGAGGAUAGUGAAAGUGGCGGGCUCACAGUGCCUAGUGAGGGCAGCCUCCAGGCAUUCCAAGACUGGAUCAACAAGUUGCCUGAGCGAGAACCACCAACCUACCUGGGACUCCCGGCCAAUGCAGAAAAGCUUCUUUUGGCUGCUCAGAGCAAGGAUGUUAUCAACCAAGCGAGAGAUUUGAGCAAGAAGUUGGACGAGUCUGAGCAACUCAUGGACGAAGGCGAAGACCACAAUGCAGAGGCUUCUGCCUAA